UGCUGGGUGGGCGACGGCCACGACGGCCCCGGGCUCGCUGAGACGCGGACGCGGCGGGUUCCGGGCUCAUGUAAUCAGAGAGGUGUCUUUGUUGUGUGUCUUUACAGAACACAGCAGGAAUUGAAAAUGAAUCAGAAUGUUACUGAGCCUGUGGCAGCCACAGAGACCUUGUCUGAGAUACCUGAGCAUGUGUUUCGAGGACUUCCAGAGGAACUGAGGCUUUUACCAUCUGCUGUUGACAAGACCCGGAUCGGUGAGUGCCCUUGUCACAGGGACAGCACAGAUAAGGCAGCUUCCUGUGGGAUCAUGUUAGGUGUUUGGGCCACCAAGCCAAUUUUAAAAGGGAAAAAGUUUGGGCCAUUUGUUGGUGAUAAGAAAAAAAGAUCUCAGGUUAAGAAUAAUGUAUACAUGUGGGAGGUAUACUACCCGAAUUUGGGAUGGAUGUGCAUUGAUGCCACCGAUCCACAGAAAGGCAACUGGCUGCGAUAUGUGAACUGGGCUUGCUCAGGAGAAGAGCAGAAUUUAUUUCCACUGGAAAUCAACAGAGCCAUUUACUAUAAAACUUUAAAGCCAAUCGCGCCUGGCGAGGAGCUCCUGGUCUGGUACAAUGGGGAAGACAACCCCGAGAUAGCAGCUGCGAUUGAGGAAGAGCGAGCCAGCGCCCGGAGCAAGCGGAGCUCCCCGAAGAGCCGCAAAGGGAAGAAGAAAUCCCAAGAAAACAAAAACAAAGGAAACAGAACACAAGACAUACAGCCAGGUUCCAUCUCUGCAAAUAUGAGAGAUUCUGUAGAAGGUCCUAAAGAAGAAGAGAGACCUGUGGCUUCUCCACCUGAGCAACCAGUCCUUCUUACAGAAGUGGUCAGCCAGGAUGCACUUCCAGAGCUGGUAAUCCCUCCGCCUGCCUGCGAGCCGCAGCCAGAGCCAGAUGGGAAACAGGACACCACUGAUGGUGAGGUCAAUGAUCUAGAGGAAGAGGAGGAGGAGGAGGAGGAGGAAGAUGAAGAUGAUGAUUUGGAAGAAGAGGGGGAGGAGGAAGCUGACCUGCCAAAUGAAAGUUCUGUGAAAGAGCCAGAAAUACGGUGUGAGGAGAAGCCAGAAGAUUUAUUAGAAGAACCAAAAAACAUUUCAAAUGAAACUUCUGAAGACUCUCCAGAAGUGACACCUCUUCUGGAAAUCUCCAGAGGGAAAGAGGAGGCCAAUGGGGAUGUGUUUGAAACAUGCAUGUUUCCAUGCCAGCACUGUGAAAGGAAGUUUACAACUAAGCAGGGGCUUGAGCGUCACAUGCAUAUCCACAUGUCCACAGUCAGCCAUGCUUUCAAGUGCAAGUACUGCGGAAAAGCAUUUGGCACGCAGAUAAACAGAAGGCGGCAUGAGCGUCGUCAUGAAGCUGGGCUAAAGCGGAAAUCCAGCCUGACACUACAGCCAUCAGAGGACCUGGCUGAGGGCAAACUUUCUGGAGAAAAUGCCACUCCUAAUGAUGAAUUGGAUCCUCCCCAACUUGAGCAAGACUGUCUGAUCCUGAACUCUGAGAAAGCUUCCCAAGAAACAGUAAACUCUUGCGUUCCGGAGGAGAAUGGGGACGUGAAAGAGCUGCAUCCUUGUAAGUACUGUAAAAAAGUGUUUGGGACUCAUACUAACAUGAGACGGCAUCAGCGCAGGGUUCAUGAACGCCACCUGAUUCCCAAAGGUGUGCGACGAAAAGGUGGGCUCCUAGAAGAGCCACAGCCUCCUGUAGAGCAGACCCAGCCCUCCCAGAAUGUCUAUGUCCCAAGCACAGAGCCAGAGGAGGAAGGGGAAGCGGAUGAUGUGUAUAUCAUGGAUGUUGCCAGCAAUAUCUCUGAAAACUUAAAUUACUACAUUGAUGGUAAAAUUCAGACCAACAGUAGCACUAGUAAUUGUGAUGUGAUUGAGAUGGAGUCUAAUUCAGCAGACUUGUAUGGCAUAAAUUGUCUGCUCACUCCAGUUACAGUGGAAAUCACUCAAAAUAUAAAGACCAACCAGGUCUCUGUCACUGAGCUUCCCAAGGAGGCUCCCAGCAGCACAAAUGGUGAGUCUAAGAAACGGAGGACUGCCAGUCCUCCUGUGCUCCCCAUAAUUAAAGCUGAAACGGAUUCUGACUCUACAGUACCCUCGUGUUCCUUGAGUCUCCCUCUCAACAUACCAACUACAGAGGCGAUGUCUUUCCAUAAAGAGAAGAGUGUUUAUUUGUCUCCAAAGCUCAAGCAGCUUCUUCAGACCCAGGACAAGCUGACUCCUCCUACAGGGAUUUCAGCCACUGAGAUCCCCAAGUUAGGGCCUGUGUGUGUGUCUGCGCCUGCUUCCAUGCUACCUGUGACCUCCAGUAGGUUUAAGAGGCGGACCAGUUCUCCACCCAGUUCUCCACAGCACAGUCCUGCCCUUCGAGACUUCGGGAAACCAAGUGAUGGAAAGGCUGCUUGGACGGAUACCGUUCUGACUGCCAAGAAACCCAAGUUAGAAAAUCAUAGUGACUCACCAGCAUGGAGCUUGUCGGGGAGAGAUGAAAGAGAAACGGGGAGCCCUCCUUGCUUUGACGAGUACAAAGUAUCCAAAGAGUGGACCACUGGCUCCCCCUUCAGCAGGGUGUGCAACCAGCAGCCCCUGGACUUGUCCAGCGGUGUCAAACAGAAGGCUGAGGGCACAGGCAAAACUCUGGUCCAGUGGGAAUCUGUAUUAGAUCUCAGUGUGCAUAAAAAGCCUUGUAGUGACUUUGAAGGCAAAGAAUUCAAGGAAAAUCAUUUGCUGCAGCCACCCUGUAAUGCUGCAAAGAAGAAGAAACCAACCACCUGCAUGCUACAGAAGGUUCUUCUCAAUGAAUAUGAUGGUGUCGACUUCCCUCCGGAAAAUAUGCCAGAAGUGACCAGGAGUCCGAGUCCUUGUAAAUCUCUAGAUGCCCAGCCAGGUCCCGGCCUUGGUCCUGACUCGAGCAUCUCUGCCCCUGCUGUCGAGUCCCCACCUGAAGUUGUCCCUUCUCCACCUGCCCUACAGACAGCUUCCCUAUCUUCUGGUCAGCUCCCGCCUCUCUUGAUCCCCACAGAUCCUUCUUCGCCUCCACCUGGCCCUCCUGUGUUAACUGUUGCUACUCCACCACCCCCCCUCCUUCCAACUGUCCCUCUUCCCAUCCCCUCUUCUGAGACCACUCCUCACCCUUGCCCUUCUCCACUCUCAAACGCCACUGCCCAGUCUCCACUUCCAGUUCUCUCCCCGACAGUGUCCCCCUCUCCCUCUCCCAUUCCUCCCAUGGAGCCUCUCAUGUCUGCUGCUUCCCCUGGUCCUCCAACUCUUUCUUCGUCAUCUUCAUCCUCCUCUUCAUCCUCCUCCUCUUCCUUCUCCUCUUCAUGUUCCUCCACAUCCCCUUCACCACCCCCUCUCUCAGCAGUAUCAUCAGUGAUUUCCUCUGGGGAUAACCUGGAAGCCUCUCUCCCUGCAAUAACUUUCAAACAGGAGGAGUCAGAGAGCGAAGGUCUGAAACCUAGGGAAGAGCCUCCACCUACAGUUGGGCAGAGUGUUGUCCAGGAAACAUUCAGCAAAAGCUUUGUUUGCAAUGUCUGUGAAUCACCUUUUCUUUCCAUUAAAGAUCUAACCAAACAUUUAUCUAUUCAUGCUGAAGAAUGGCCCUUCAAAUGUGAAUUUUGUGUGCAGCUUUUUAAGGAUAAAACUGAUUUGUCAGAGCAUCGCUUUUUGCUUCAUGGAGUUGGGAACAUCUUUGUGUGUUCUGUAUGUAAAAAGGAAUUUGCUUUCUUGUGCAAUUUGCAGCAACACCAGAGAGAUCUCCACCCAGAUGAAGUAUGCACACACCAUGAGUUUGCAAGUGGGACCCUGAGGCCCCAGAACUUUACAGACCCCAGCAAGGCCCACAUGGAGCAUAUACAGAGCUUGCCAGAAGUCCCCUUGGAAACUUCUAAAGAGGAGGAGGAACUAAAUGAUUCCUCUGAAGAGCUUUACACAACCAUAAAAAUAAUGGCUUCUGGAAUAAAGACGAAAGAUCCAGAUGUUCGGUUGGGUCUCAAUCAACAUUACCCAAGCUUUAAGCCACCUCCUUUUCAGUACCAUCACCGAAAUCCCAUGGGUAUUGGUGUGACGGCCACAAACUUCACUACCCAUAAUAUUCCACAGACUUUUACUACUGCCAUUCGCUGUACAAAAUGUGGGAAAGGUGUUGACAACAUGCCUGAAUUACACAAACACAUACUGGCAUGUGCAUCUGCUAGUGACAAGAAGAGAUACACCCCCAAGAAAAACCCAGUGCCCUUGAAACAAACUGUGCAACCCAAAAAUGGUGUUGUAGUUUUAGACAACUCUGGGAAAAAUGCCUUCAGACGAAUGGGACAGCCCAAAAGACUGAACUUCAGUGUUGAGCUCAGCAAAAUGUCUCCAAAUAAGCUCAAAUUAAAUGCAUUGAAGAAAAAGAAUCAGCUUGUACAGAAAGCCAUCCUUCAAAAAAAUAAAUCUGCAAAGCAGAAGGUUGACUUGAAAAAUGUUUCUGAGUCAUCGUCUCAUAUCUGCCCUUACUGCAACAGGGAGUUCACGUACAUCGGCAGUCUGAAUAAACACGCUGCUUUCAGUUGUCCCAAGAAACCCCUCUCCCCUUCUAAAAGAAGAGCUUCUCAUUCAUCCAAGAAAGGUGGGCACUCAUCGGCUGCAAGCAGUGACACACACAGCAGCGGCAGCAACCCCCGCAGACGGACAGCAGACACGGAGAUUAAGAUGCAGGCGCCCACACCCUUGGGCAAGACCAGAGCACGCAGCUCAGGCCCCACACAGGCUUCUCUGCCAUCCUCGUCCUUCAGAUCCAGGCAGAAUGUCAAGUUUGCAGCUUCUGUUAAAUCCAAACAACCAAGCUCCUCCUCUCUAAGGAAUUCUAGCCCAAUAAGAAUGGCCAAAAUUACUCAUGUUGAGGGCAGAAAACCCAAAGCUGCUGCCAAGAAUCAUUCUGCUCAGCUCUCAAGCAAGCCCUCCCGAAGCCUGCAUGUGAGGGUGCAGAAAAGUAAAGCUGUUUUGCAAAACAAGUCUGCUCUGGCCAGUAAGAAGAGAACAGACAGGUUCAAUGUAAAAUCUAGAGAACGGAGUGGGGGCCCCGUCACCAGAAGCCUUCAGCUGGCAGCUGCUGCGGACCUAAGUGAAAACAGGAGAGAGGACAGCAGUGCCAAGCACGAGCUGAAGGACUUCAGUUACAGUCUUCGCCUGGCUUCCCGGGGCUCUCAGCCAGCCGCCGCCUACGUCACCAGGCAGUGUAGAAAGGUCAAGGCCCCGGCUGCAGCUCAGCGCCACGGACCUUUCUUCAAAGAGUAGACGCUUCGCCUGCUCCCUGACAGCACAUGAAGUAACCUGGAAUUAUGAAGCCAAAGGGACUGGCAGUCUGCCCUGCAGGGAAUACGGACCUCUCCCAGUUGUGCAAGCUUGAGAGAGAGAGAGAGAGAGCAGGUGAAUGCAGGUGGUCUUCAGGCCAAGGUCCCAAUCCCCAGGGAGCAGGAAGGCAGCUGCUCCCAUAUCACCCUCAGUGUGGCCCUUGGAAGCGGCCUUGGACUGUGUUCUGUGGACCAUCUUCCUGCUGGGGUGGGGCCUCAUCUACUAUGCAAUUUUUUUCAAGAGCUCCUUGACCCUGCUUUUGCUUCAUGAACUGUCUUUUGCCAUUGCUGGGACAUUGGUCUGGCCUUGGAGGUGGGGGUGGCAUCAGCUUCGCUCCUGCCUGAUGAAGGCCAUCCUCCCCUCACCAUCCCUCCCUCAUCCCUAACAUCUCUGGGAAUCAAUAGCAUGUAGACCCACUGGGGCCAAGUCUGAACUUUUCACCCCAGCACAUGGGAAACCCCCUUUCCUGCCUAAGUAAUUGGAGAUUUUAGCAGUAUAGCUCUUGAGUCUUUGCAGAAAACCCCUAAGAAGGUGCAUCUAGGAGGCAGGCCUCACGCCCUUCUGCAGAUCCACUUCCUCUCUCUGGAGAAACCACUGGAUGGCGAUGAUCAGGGAGGGGCCGAGGGACUCUCCUGUGUCCUUCUUUGCCUUGUUUGGUGGGGCUGUCUAUACUUUCAGUGCUUGAACUCCUCAAGUUAGCUACAAAGGGGAAUAAAACAAAAUAUGUAAGGAUUAGAAAGCACAGGGGGUGGAAACAGAUAUUCAGAGACUGUAAACCACUGCUGGCCAGGAAGCAAGGGGAGCCCAGUCCCUGCUCUCUGGUGGACAGCGUCUUGGAGAAACGGGUGGCUGAGCUCGGAGUUCGGACCCGGGUCAGUGAGGUUCUUGGGUUUUUGUGCCUUUGGGGCAGACCCCAGACAAGGAUGCCUGAGACCACUUUAAUGCCGUUUUCCUCAGCUGGGCUCUGUUCCAGUGGUGACAAGCCAAACCCAAAGUGGCAGGUCAGAAGUUGGGAGAGCUGUCACAUAAGAAAGGGAUUGCUUUUUGUUUUUUUUUUUUCCAGGGCUACUAUGGUUAUCUUGUAAUUCUAUAAAUAUGUACGUAGACACUUUUAAAAGCACGUAUUUAUGUCCCCAACUGUAAAUGCCCCAUUUUUAAGGUUUUAUAAUGUGUGUUAUUUAAUUAUUAGUGGACUGUAGUAUUGGGACUGACAGCGGUCCAGGAAAAGGGUCCCUUAAGACCCCUCACAUGGACAGAAAAAUGUGUCACACAGUUUUCCUUUUCCCCACCCAGUUAAACUCCCGUGGUUUUAAUUUUCACGAACCGGAACCCUCUGCACACCUCCACACGCAUGAACUCGUGUUCCUUACCUAUUGAUCCACCUUGUCCUACAACUGUUCACACUCACAAACUGUGCUCCGAGGAGGUCCCCUGCUCCCGAGGGCAACUCACGAACCCAGUGCCUGGCCAACUGCCUUCAGCCAACAGCGAACUCUGGAAAACUGCCAGGCUCUGGGGGGAUUCGCACUCUCUCUCUCUCUUUUGUGUUUGCAUGUGCAAACUGUGCUGGUCACCCUUCAUCAGCUGCCAGGCAAGCUGUCUGGUAAGGAAGACAAGAUGGCUGGGAGGAAACCUGGCCGGGGGAGGUCUUUCUUCCAGCGUGGGUUGAGUUCACGCAGGAAGACGGUUCUCUGUUUGCCAUGUGAAAAAGGAACAAUAAAAGUGUUCAGAGCUUUUGGAA